CGGCGGCGUGUGUUGGCACGAGGAUGUCGCUUCUGUUGAGCCGGGGCUAUCUGCGCGCUGUGUUUGCCCGGGUCCGAGACGCCAGGCUCUGGGUCCCGUACCGCAAGGCUUUGGGCGGCUCGGGUUGUGCGCGGGAUCCGCCCGCCGGAGCCGGCUUGCUGCGGGGCGAGCUGGACAGGUUCGGGGGCGUCUCCGUGCGGCUAGGCGUGUUGGACUGCCUGGACGCGGCCGCCUUCCAGAGGGCCCUGCAGGGCAAGUGCCUGAGCCGAGGGUCCCUGGCUACCCCUGGCGCCAACGAAGUGACCGCGGCCCCCACGCCUGCGCCUCUCUGGCUCGGAGCCCAGGGGGCGCGCGUGAUCCCCCUUUUCUGGGAGGACUCCGUGGAGGUUGCUGGAAAUGCGUCCCUGCAGCAGUGGCGAUCAGAAGGCAGGAUUGCUGUCUGGCUGCACGUGCCCAUCCUGCAGAGCGCGCUCAUCGCCCCGGCCGCCGCACUGGGCUUCCGCUUCCACCACGCAGAGGCGGACUGCGCCACGCUGACGCUGUGGCUGGGACAGGGGCCCAGCCGGCUCCCAGGCUAUGCGACACACCAGGUGGGAGUUGCAGGAGCUGUGUUUGAUGAAAAUACUGGAAAAAUACUGGUUGUCCAAGAUCGAAAUAAAUCGAAAAACAUGUGGAAGUUGCCAGGAGGCCUGUCGGAGCCUGGAGAGGACCUCGCCAUGUGUCAUCUAUGGGAAAUCUCAACUGUAAGGAAGUCAAUCAGCCUGAAGCUGAAAACAGCAGACGAACAGCGUUACACUCCUGAGCACCACCCCCUACGGGUGCUUCCAGCGCUGCUUCCCGGGGUCGGGCGGGGGCUCGGGGCUCGGUCUGGGCACGUCAAGGGCCCUGGGCGACGUCCAGGGCAGGGCACAGGGAAGGGAGGCCGUCCCUUGCCUUCCUCUUCCUCACCUACUCUUCACCAGAAGAGCACUGAGACUACCGAGAAGGCAAAUAGGUUCUCCUACUCAACAAGCAAGAAGCGGCGAGCACUGAACAUAAACUUACGCGACGAGGCUGCUCCCAGGGCCCUGGGUGAGGAAGGCGGCUGUUUUAGGGGCGCGAGUCGGCGCUGGGGGAGAGACCGGCAGCAGCACAGAAUGAGAGAGCCCACUCAGGGGGUUCAUCUGCACAGUCCCCAAAAGCAGCCAUCGGAAUGUGUGAGUGGUGAUAAAAAUCCCAUCCCAGAAGUUUACAUAUUAUCAAAAAAAAAAUCACCACUAGAAAAUGAAAACCCUGUCGUAUUAUAA